CCUCUCGAAACCCAGGUUAGUUGCCUGAGAACUAGUUGUCAGCCAGGUAAGACGAUCCUCUUUUCUAUCCAGAGGAAAAUGGAUGUGGUGCACACGACCAUCGGCGUGACCAGUAUCUUGGCUCUGUUCCUGGUGGUGGCCAACUCGAUUUCGCAGGUGAGUGACGUGGUGGCGGAACGCACCGCCACCCCCCUCUGCAGGGCGCUCAACUACGGCAGCCCCAUGGGCGAUCAGCUGGCUGCAGUCGAGGGCAUAACCUCGCUGGUGGAGAGCGAUGGAAUGGAUAACGCCUGCUCCAUGGUCCAAAGUAUCGGGGGCAGGGCCCGCGAUAUAGUGGGCACCUUCCUGCCGACACUCGAUUGCGAAGGACGAUUGGCCGCCAGCUCAGGCACCGGUGGGGAGAAGUCCGAGACCCAGGGUGAAGACAAGCCGGCACCGGAAUCAGCGCCCCAACCCGAGGCAGAUCCACCGGCAGAGGACUAGAUCCCAGCAGGCUGUACUUUUUCUCAAAAUUUCAUAUUUUUAAAUUCCUAGUAGGCGUUGGAGCUCGAAAUUUCACAUUUUUGUCGACCUAGUCUAGACCCGACGGAGUUCAGGUCAUUCCUUUUCAACAUCUCGAACUGAACACAUCGCUCCAGUAAAAUAAAAAGGAAAUGAAAAAUUAAUCCAAAUUCUAAAUUUUAGUUGAGGCCAAACACAACUAUUUUCCCAGCAGCAAAAACCAAAA